AAUAGAGCGGAGAACGCGGCGGCAGCACAGUUGGUGCCCGGCAUGAAUGCACCCUCCCCUUGCUUGAUGCUCAUCCCCUCCGUAUCUGCUGCAUGGGCAAUCCGUCGCUCCUCCUAGAACAAUCCACUGUCUGAUUUCGGUGGCUGUUCUUGGCUGCCGACACGCGGAAUCUGGAUCCAGUCCCUUCCCUCUCCGUCGAUUCGUUCCCAGCCAAGGAGGUGAGGCGCUCUGCUUGUCAGAUGUGAGCAUCGGACGGGUCGACAUGGCGUUCGGCCACACGCGGCUCGAUGCCCGGCGGCCACCGCAGUCCUCCUACUGCUCCUGCUCCACCGCCACCAUCGUCGUCGCGCUCUGCUUGGUCGCUGUGUGGAUGGCAUCAACCAUGCUCGUCACCCCCGCCGAGUUCCCUCCUUUUCAGCCCAAAGUCCGCCCAUUGGCACCUCAUGACUCUCCUCCUGCCACCGGAGGCUUAACCAAUGCCGGUGAGGAUGAUGCCACCGGUGAAAUGGAACGGGAUGUGCCCCUUGAUCCAGUGCCGGCCGAGGGAACCACAACCACCGAUGAUGAUCCACCACCUGUUACAGAGCAAGUGCCUCCUGUAACAAAGGACGCUGCCACAGAGUCCAGCACCGAUGGUCCGCAGCAGAAUGUCAGGGAGCAAGUCAAGCAGCCUGAUGAACAGAGUGCCUCAAAGCUCAAGGAGAAGUUGAAUGAGAAUAAGCAGGCACCAAAGGAAGAUAAGCCAACAGAGGUGUUCCCUGAUGGGAGUCAAGCAGAGCUUCUGAAUGAGACCACCACGGAGCGCGGACCAUGGCCUACUCAGGCUGCACAAUCUAACAAGGACACUAAGGAGCAAACAGCGACGUCGAGUACCCCAAUGAGCUUUAGUUGGAAGCUGUGCAAUGUUGACGCCAGAGCAGAUUAUAUUCCAUGCCUCGACAACGUACAAGCUAUCAACAAGCUUCGUUCCACCAAGCACUAUGAACAUCGAGAAAGGCAUUGCCCUGAGAAGCCUCCUACCUGCCUUGUUCCUCUACCAGAGGGCUAUAGUAAUCCAAUAAGGUGGCCUAAGAGCAGGGAUCAGAUAUGGUACAAUAACGUCCCUCAUACUAAGCUGAUCGAAUACAAGGGACACCAAAACUGGGUUAAGGUUUCUGGGGAGCACCUCAUUUUUCCGGGAGGUGGAACUCAGUUCAAACAUGGUGCAUUGCAUUACAUUGAUUUCAUUCAGGAGGCAAAGAAGGACAUAGCAUGGGGAAAACGUACUCGUGUAGUUUUAGAUGUUGGUUGUGGAGUAGCUAGCUUUGGAGGAUAUCUAUUUGACAGAGAUGUGAUCACUAUGUCAUUUGCACCUAAAGAUGAGCAUGAAGCUCAGGUGCAAUUUGCUCUUGAAAGAGGAAUCCCUGCUAUAUCAGCUGUCAUGGGUACAAAAAGGCUCCCAUUUCCCAGUAGGGUCUUUGAUGUUGUUCAUUGUGCACGCUGUAGGGUACCAUGGCAUAUUGAAGGGGGUAAACUCUUGCUCGAAUUGGACAGACUGUUGCGUCCUGGUGGUUACUUCGUGUGGUCUGCUACUCCUGUAUACCAGAAGUUGCCUGAAGAUGUUGAGAUAUGGGAAGCAAUGUCUGCUCUAACUAGGUCAAUGUGCUGGAAAAUGGUCAACAAAGUAAAGGAUAGAGUGAAUAGAGUGGGUAUAGCAAUUUUCAGAAAGCCAACAGAUAACAGCUGCUAUGAAGAAAGAUCUGAAGCAAACUCUCCAAUCUGUGGAGAGUAUGAUGAUCCUGAUGCAGCGUGGAACGUAUCAUUGAGGACUUGUAUGCAUAAGUUGCCUGUAGAUCUUACCAUUCGUGGUUCAAAAUGGCCGGAGUUAUGGCCAUUGAGACUGGAGAAACCACCUUAUUGGCUGAAAAGUUCUGAGGCUGGAGUAUACGGGAAACCUGCCCCAGAAGAUUUUCAAGUGGACUAUGAACAUUGGAAGCGAGUCGUGAGCAAUUCAUACAUGAAUGGUUUGGGUGUUGAUUGGUCGGCUGUUAGAAAUGUUAUGGAUAUGAAAGCUGUAUAUGGAGGGUUUGCGGCAGCUUUGCAUGAUCUCAAGGUGUGGGUCAUGAAUGUGAUCCCAAUUGAUUCACCUGACACACUUCCAAUUAUAUAUGAGCGUGGGCUGUUUGGACUGUAUCAUGACUGGUGUGAGUCGUUUAGCACCUAUCCAAGAACUUAUGAUCUUCUGCAUGCUAACCAUCUGUUCUCCAAGGUUAAGAAGAGGUGUGAAUUAUUACCUGUUGUUGUGGAGGUGGAUCGGGUGUUGAGGCCAGAAGGCCGGCUAAUUGUAAGAGACAACAUUGAAACAAUAAGUGAGGUGGAGAAUAUUGUGAAAUCACUCCACUGGGAGGUCCGGAUGUCUUAUUCCCAGGAUAAAGAAGGCUUGCUGUUUGUGCAAAAGACGUCAUGGCGACCAAAUGAAGUUGAAGCUAAGCUAUGAUGUGGCAAGAUCAUUGUCAUCACCACCACUCUGACACUAAAACCCGUGGAAGAAAAAAAAAGGAGAUUUACCAGACAAGUAGGAAUAUACUAUCAGGGUUCUUUUCAAAGCAGCAAGUUAAAAGAGGAGGAUGUUAAGGAGUAUUUGGGAGGGGGAAUGUGUUGGUGUAGAUUAGCUCUUUUUCGUGGUGGUGGUGCUGUUCCCUUUUGUGUAGAUUUUGUACUAGUGUAGCAUAGCAUAUGAUUGGGAAAUCAAUUCAUCAUACUGAUAAGUAUGUGUGAAUUUUGAAGGAAUCUAGUGGCUUUGGGAUUCAGAUUGAGGCUUGGGCAAGUGGAACUGUGAAAGGCAGUUUGAGCAUUGCAUGGGUGUUGUGAAGUGUGAUGCAAGCAUGCUGGCCUUGUACAGCAGCAGUGCAGAAGAAACUUCUGUCUGCAGUGGAAUUGGUUGGAAACAAAGUUAUCUGUUGAAUAGGGAUGUUUGUAUGCAUUGGCCAUUGUGGUUGGCAUCCUGGUUCUGGUUGUUGUGGAACAUA